AUGCACAUUAAACCUACUGGAAGCCUCCGCGAUACUCUUCUCAUUGUCAGUUCAUACCCCACUGCCAAGGAGGAUAGCACCGUGCAUCGAUCGUAUGGUACCACCCUAGACGUUUCAAACGAGUCGAUGUUUAUGCUAUACGCCAAGCUUGGCCACAACGUAUCCUCGAUCAGAGACCACGGCGCCCUCCACUUGGACGUAUUCCCCAGGCGAGUGAACCGAAACCUUGCGCUCGGUCUAGGGAAUAUCAUCGACCAGGUCCCGACCAAUCUAGGCAUGUAUUGGAAACUCGUGGUCCGUCAGCUCAUUGAGUUGUCGCAUUCCAAACUGGCUCUCCUCGUCGGGUCCGCAGGCGUUGCCACAUACGUCGACUAUCUCAAACAAAACAACAUCCGCCAUCAGAUAUUGCCAUCGAACAGAAGCGUGCAAGGCUACCAGAAAGAGAUUCAUCAUGGAGUAGAACAGGUUGCAGAUGGAGAGAGAAGCGCAAAAGAAGAGUGA